CAGCCAACCACCCUGUCAAGCGGUGCCAACACCCUAGCGGUCUCCAGUGCUUCCCUACACCAACAUUUUCCCACCUGUCUUUCUGUGGCGUUCCUCUUCGAGCCAGUCCGAGGCCCCUGCUCCUUGGAAAUUGUUUUGUUGGACUGCUCUAUCGAGGCGUGUAUAGCUCGAGGACUUAAUUAUUAUUUUGAUUCUUUUCAUUCCCUCCCCUUCUGGGCAACGGAGCAAUGAAAUUUCCAAUCGAGACGCCAAGAAAGCAGGUGAACUGGGAUCCUAAAGUGGCUGUUCCAGCGGCAGCCCCGCCGGUGUGCCAGCCCAAGAGUGCCACUAACGGGCACCCUCCGGCUCCCCGCCUCUCCAUUUCCUCUCGAGCCACGGUGGUAGCCAGAAUGGAAGGUGCCUCCCAGGGGGGCCUGCAGACUGUCAUGAAGUGGAAAACCGUGGUUGCCAUCUUUGUGGUCGUGGUGGUCUACCUCGUCACGGGCGGCCUCGUCUUCCGGGCACUGGAGCAGCCCUUUGAGAGCAGCCAGAAGAACACCAUCGCCCUGGAGAAGGCGGAAUUCCUGCGGGACCACAUCUGUGUUACCCCCCAGGAACUAGAGACAUUGAUCCAGCAUGCCCUUGAUGCUGACAAUGCAGGAGUCAGUCCAGUAGGAAACUCUUCCAACAGCAGCAGUCACUGGGACCUUGGAAGUGCCUUUUUCUUUGCCGGAACAGUCAUCACCACUAUAGGGUAUGGGAAUAUUGCACCAAGCACCGAAGGAGGAAAAAUCUUUUGUAUUUUAUAUGCCAUCUUUGGGAUUCCACUCUUUGGUUUCUUAUUGGCUGGAAUUGGAGACCAACUUGGAACCAUCUUUGGGAAGAGCAUUGCAAGAGUGGAGAAGGUCUUUCGAAAAAAGCAAGUGAGCCAGACCAAGAUCCGGGUCAUCUCCACCAUCCUGUUCAUCUUGGCCGGCUGCAUUGUGUUUGUGACAAUCCCUGCCGUCAUUUUCAAAUACAUCGAGGGAUGGACAGCUUUGGAGUCCAUUUAUUUUGUGGUAGUCACUUUGACCACAGUGGGCUUUGGUGAUUUCGUGGCAGGAGGAAAUGCUGGCAUUAAUUACCGGGAGUGGUAUAAACCCCUGGUGUGGUUUUGGAUCCUUGUUGGCCUUGCCUACUUUGCAGCUGUCCUCAGUAUGAUUGGAGAUUGGCUGCGAGUUCUGUCCAAAAAGACAAAAGAAGAGGUUGGUGAGAUCAAGGCCCACGCGGCAGAGUGGAAGGCCAACGUAACGGCCGAGUUCCGGGAGACGAGGCGGCGGCUCAGCGUGGAGAUCCAUGACAAGCUGCAGCGAGCGGCCACCAUCCGCAGCAUGGAGCGCCGGCGGCUGGGCCUGGACCAGAGAGCCCACUCGCUGGACAUGCUGUCCCCCGAGAAGCGUUCCGUCUUCGCUGCCCUGGACACAGGCCGCUUCAAGGCCUCAUCCCAGGAGAGCAUCAAUAACCGACCCAACAACCUGCGCCUUAAGGGGUCGGAGCAGCUCAACAAGCACGGGCAGGGCGCCUCUGAGGACAACAUUAUCAACAAGUUUGGGUCCACCUCCAGACUCACCAAGAGGAAAAACAAAGACCUCAAAAAGACCCUGCCUGAGGACGUGCAGAAAAUCUACAAGACCUUCCGGAAUUACUCUUUGGAUGAAGAGAAGAAAGAGGAGGAGACUGAAAAGAUGUGUAACUCAGACAACUCCAGCACGGCCAUGCUGACCGAGUGCAUUCAGCAGCAUGCGGAGAUGGAGAACGGAAUGGUACCCAUGGACACCAAAGACAGGGAGCUAGAGAACAACUCAUUACUUGAAGACAGAAACUAAAUGUUAAGGACAUUGGUCCAGGACUAAGCGUUGUGUGGUCUUUUUUUUUUUUUUUUUUUAAAUAUUCACACUGAGACAUGUGCCUUAAACAGACUUCUUGUUAGUCCAAAAUUACAUAGCAUUGAAGAAUAUAUUUCACUGUGCCAUAAAUGACUGAAAGCUUGCUCUGCCAAAAUGAAUCAAAGAACAAGAACUUCAUUUCAAACAGCAGCUGCAGGACACACAGGGAGCAUUCACACACGUAGCAGGUCUGGGCCGCACACGCGAAGGGGGUUCCCACAGCGAUGCUGUACCGCUGGGCAGUGUCGCCUGGGCAUGGCUUGCAGAUAAGGGCAGCUACUCCUUAGACUAGCCUCCGAAGGGAACAGGUGUGUCUGGAGUUUCAUUUCCAGAAGCUACUGUCACACACAGAAGGGGGGCCCGUUUGCAGGUGAACUGGUACCUGUAACUAGGUUUAGAGCUCACAUUUUGCAUUGCUCUGAACUUGAAUUUUGACAUACACUAUUCAGUGCAUAACACUCUUUCUGAGCUCCAAGCGAAUGUUUGUGGGACCCGAGAACACCUGGAAUUUUCGAUGGAAUCAGAUCAGAGCACACAUAUUAAAAGGUGCAAUUGCUUUUCUCAUUACAAAAGAAAAAAUAAUCACAAACACAUCACACUGUGGAUAUCACCUUAACCAAUGACAGAAGCCUGCUGAGUUUUGUCUUUCUCACGGGGCCCAAAUAUUCCAAGUGAACAUGUAAGCACUGGUGAGAAGUCAACCUCAACUGCUGCGUGGUUAGAGGCCAGUCAUGCAUUUUCGCCAGUGGGUGUGAUGAUGAUAAAUAAACUGAUUUUGAAAUGUCCAUGUUCACUUUUCUACUGAAACUUAAGUUCUAACUCAUUUUGAUAAGAGGGGGGAAAAUUACCAAAACUAUUGCCUUGCAUGAUGCCAGUGGCUUGCUGUUCUGUCUAGCUGAUUCUAAAUUUUUAUAAAAAUAGACAUCCUGCAUUUCUGAGACAUACCAAGAAAGACCAUGGCAUCUUUCCAUCUCAGGGCUUUCUGUCCCUUUGGGUGUCUUGGGUAGACGUAGUCAUGAAACACAAACUUGCUAUUCCCAAAUGAAAGCAGAAUUAAUCCCUCAAUCAACUCUUGUAAAAUUGAAAUGUUUUGCUUGUAGCUUAAGUGCCAUUAAUACCAUUUACAAAACAAUACUUAAAAAGAAAUAUUGCCAAUAUUUCAUUCUGCUUUCAUGUUUGGCUGUUCUUUUUUAAAGCAUUACUUCUUUCCCUUGCUGGAUUAUUUAACACCUGCUAUUCACUAAAAUUGGAACACUCCUGUGACUGAUUGUUUCAAGGCAAACAAUAACCAACCGGUGAUAAUUAUGAUGUGAAGUUAGAACAUUUGGUGAAGGAAAGUGGGAGAACAGCUGGCCAGUCAUAGGUUUUGAGAGGGUGAUUUUUAGAUGGAUUUUUAUAGAAAAGGGAAAAGGGCAUCAUAUGCCGUUACUCAUGUGUGUUCCUGUUUUUAUCAUAAUUGGCUGGCUGUCACAUUGGUUCAUAGUUAGCUAUUUGGGCCGCACACUUAAACAUUUGCACCUGGUGAUACCAGGAAGUUGCUAAUUAUGGGCCUCCCACCUUUUGGAGAUUUCGUAGGAUUUUAUAUGACUCAUCCGCACAGUGCAUUUACCAAAAAGAUCACAAGUGGAGACUUCCAGAAAUCACCUAGUGCUUUCUGACUUUCCAGGGAAAUUACGCCCAUUGCAUCCUUGACCAUUUGUACUACAAAAACCUUUCUCUGCUUAUUUCCCCCCAAAUGGCAGCUCUGUUGCCUAGCCCCAAAACUGUAGGCUCGAGUUGAAGUUCAGGCAUUGCUUUUGAGAAAAAUCCAAAUGAGAAUCACCAGGAUGAGGCCUUUCCUGUCCAGAGUAGGCUUGGGUCUACUCCUUCACUUGGCUCGAGUUAUGGCUCACUGGUGACAUCCAGCGUUCACAUAAUAGACAUUUGGGAAGCGCUGUGUAUGCACGUGUGGACGUUGGCUUUUGCUGUCAUCCCAGCUUUACCCAGUGGUUUUAGGAAGUGGUAGAUAACUGAGAUUUUCUGAGCGAACUUUUGGACCGUGUUCAUUUGGGUUUCCUCCCUAUAGUACCUUGGUACUUCUUUAUAGUAAUGUAAGUUACGGUCCUACAGCCAGAUCUGGCAAAGAGGCUUUCCUAUUAUUUAUCCAGUGCCUUUUGUGGACCAGGCAUUGGAUUAGGCACUUUUGUAGAUGUCUGCUCACUGAAUACUCACAACACCACAGGGGAAAUAUUUGCAAACCCAUUAUGUAGAUGAGCACAUGGAGGCUCAGGGAAGCUGAGGAACUUACCUAAUGGCACACAACAAAAAGGUGGUAGAACUGCUAUUAUUUAAAGUAUGACCAAAGUCUGCUUUCAACUUUGCUAUAGUGUCUGUGUCAUGUACCCUUGUGCGUGUGUGAGUGCCUGUGUAUGUGUGCACAUGUGUCUUUCAAGCUUCAUGGACACAGUUUACAGAGGGGAGGGGAAGAUACAGAGGAACCUUUACUCUGCAGAGGGCAGGAGGUCUUUGUAUAAACAUAGCCUAGAGGGUUGCCCUUAAAGACACCUACUGUGCAUGGUCUUCAUUUUGUUUUGGGGAAUGCUGCGUAUGGCACUUUUUCUGUAUAGUUAAGAAAAUGUCCUUUGAGAGCACUCUUUUGCACUUUACUUGCUUACCUUGCAGGAAUUUCACAUUCAACAGGACUAAAACAGUUCAGAGAGCCCUGAGCUGGAUAUUCUACCAAAUGGAACAGGUGCAUGUGUUGGUAUGUGCAUAGACGCUUCCCCAAAGAAUCAAGUUACAGUAAUACAGAGUCAAAAAUAGCCUUGGGUUGGGAGGGCAGAAAUCUUUGAUACAUCCUCUUCCCUGAGCACAGUGGGAACAAUGCCCUGCUGAAUAAUGUCAAAGGUGACCUUCUGUGGAGAUUGAUCCAUUAACUAUGUGGGCAAAGUGUUUCAAAAACUGUGAAGUACUCUCCUUGGGAAAAACUGAGAGGGAAUAAAAGGUUGGAUUUCUUUUCGUGUGUACAAAUUAAAAUUUGAGGAUUCAGUUGUUUUGGUUAGCUGAAUGCUACCUUUUUAAAGACAGAGCCAAAAGCAUGCAGAACACACAUGAGAAGGCAAAGCUGCUACAUAUUCUACAUGCAGUGCACAGCCCUCCCCCUACAGUCUGCAUUCCCACCCUUCCAAAGACCCGGAGUGGACAGUGUAGUGUGGGACACAGAAAGAACACCUGGUCAGUAUCUUCUUGGGCAGUGUCAUUUGCUUCAUCUUGUAAUUGGGGACUGAAUUUUAUUCCCAAAAUACAUCUGGAGGUUUACUGGUGGGAGCCAAGGGACAAUUUGGAGAGACUAAUAUAGCUCAUUGCCUAGUCCUAAUCCAAUAUCCAAUAGCGAUUCUAGCCAUCUAUCAUAUUUUGGGUAGAGCUGUGUAGUGUGUGUGUGUGUGUGUGUGUGUACAUGCAUGUGUGGGGAGUCCCUAGGCUACCAUUGUGGUAACUAGGGCUAUUGUCUGUACAACCCUUCCUUUGUGGUUGUGGGCACAUCAGUUCCCUAUAUCUAUGUGCACAUCGAGGGAGUUGAGCACAGAUAGUUGUCAAGGGCCCUUUUAGUUCUGCAGUUCUCUGGUGAAACAUUCCCCAGUCCAUGAGCUAAUUACACUUAUUAAGAAAGUUAUAAGUUGGAUUUGUGAAUACUGAUUAAUGAUCCUACCCAUUUUAGAGUGAGAGCUUGGUUUCCUGUCCUUUGUUUUCUGGGUGAUUGACGGAGACCAGAUGUAUUUGGGAGACUGGUUUCCAAAUUAGGAUCAUGCCUGGUGUAGGCUCUCUCUAUUCUCCCUUAUAACUCUUGGCACUCUGUCACCUGGAGGGUCAUAUUAUGUGGGCAUUUUGCAUUUUUUGCAUGGUGUUAAAUCUUGUUAAAGAAUUUUAAGCUAUUGCUAUUUACAGUCAGUUGUACUACAACUUCCCUUUGAUUACUUCAUGAAUUCAUGUACUCCCCCCCCCUUACACACACACACACAGGAAAUGGCUGCUCUGGGUUCUUUGGGGACCAUUUCAUGUCGAAAGUCCUGGCUGUGCUAAUCUUUGGCACCUGCCUCCUUGCCUCCCUCUUAGAUGAUAUCACUUCCUAGUUAAGUCAGGGAUGCGUAUCUAUUUAUAUGCUUGGUUUUCGGGAUUACUGAGAAUGUGGCCAGGAUUUGAGAAGGGCAGGUUUUGACUCUGUAGACUGCAUAAGAAUGUGAACCUUCCAAUGUGUACCAUGGUUUCUGAGCCACAGGAAAACAAACAAGCGUGCAGAGAGCCUCUCUAAAGGAACAGCAAAGGAACACGCUGGUAUUAUGUUCCAUAUCUCUGCUUUCUGCAUCCUACUAAUGUUUCAAGUGGGGGUAAUUCUUCCGCAUUGUUAUGAUGCGGUUGUGUGCACAUACAGUAGCUGAAGGAGUGGAGAAAGCUUCUGGUGAUGCAGUGUAAAAGCUAGUAAGUAAUGACCUUAAAAGGGAAAAAUGUAAUUCUAAAACAAAGCUGACUUUAAUUUGGUAUUGUGGGGGCUGUUAAUUCUACAUAUGGAAACUAAAAUAGCACACUAGUUCCAUGGCUCUAAAUAGAGCCCUGCGCUCUAUCCUUGUGUGGUAACUGCAUUAAACUUCACCCACCCACCCAUACUCCUUGUAAACUUUGCCCCCGCCCCAUGGCAGUCUGUGAGUCACAUCAGCACAGUGGAAUUGAGGAGAAACACUCAGCAUCUCUGAUUUUACUGAAAGUGGUGCCUGAGAUUGAGACUCUCCUUUGUGUUUUUGUUUUUUAAGUAAAAAUCUCACACAGUUCUCUGCGCAUUAAAAAUUCCUUGAGCAGACACCUGCCCCAACUACCCAGCAGACCUGUGCUGUCAAGGGUAACUGCACAACCCUUCCUUUGUUCCAGGGGCUCCAGGGUUGAAUGGAGAGUUGCAGUGGUGCCUAGAAGUGAUAUGCAAACUACCCCACAAGUCAGGUUCCAGCCCCAUUCCCGUCCCAGAUUCGCAGGCACUGGACCCCGUGAUGAUGAUAAACCCAUUUGUGGAGGUGUUUUACCUAUUUUUCUCUUUGUAGGAUUUAAUGGUGCUUUAAAAAAGGCAUUUUACAGAUAAUAAUGUGUGUGUGGGGAUUUCAUAAUGUUCUUAGGAAAAGUACAAAAGCAAAUUUGCUUGUAACAUUUCAAUAUGCUGUGCUGCUAUUGUCUUUAUUGGAUGAUGUACUUUUUUUUCCAUGAUGGAGAAAUUGCAACAAAGACCUUCUGGAAGACCCAAUCCAAUGUCUCUCCUGUUUGCGUUUCUUUUGUGGGGCCAGUGUGGUUCAUAGUGGCUGGGUGGGGAGCUCUGCUCAGGACAGCUCUUCUCCAGCUUACACUCAUGCCUUACAU